UCACGAAGCAAAGACACAAACCACGAAAACUUGAGAAAUCGAUAUAGUUAUCGAUAUGUUGAUAUAUUAUCAACAAUCCUAUCCUCCGCUCUAUCAAAAUGGCGACGCAUCAAAAAAAAAAACGCCGUGUUUUCGCUAGGUAAUUUUGUUACUGGUAACUGGUGAUAAAAACUCAAAGUAGCUGCGACGGUAAACAAUUCUGCAGAUCCCGCCUCCGUACUAAAUGGAAAAGUGACGGCGCGUCGGGAAAUUAAAGUAUCGAAAAUAAAUAAAAUCUGAAAAAUAGCGCUGGUGCAAGCGGACGAGACGGACGAGUGUAUAUGUAAAACGAAAGUUGAAGAGAGAAAAUUUUUUUGCAAAGCCAGUCCAGCCAGCGUCGAUUGUGAAAUGAAAAGCCAUUAUCGGGCAAAGGAAAACUCUGUCAGAUACACAGCCGAGCUGUAGAAUAUUGUUGAAGUACAACAAAACGGUCAGCAAAAGCGAGAACAAGAAAAAAUUUGUGAAAAUCGUACAGCUAAUUGGCGUUUGGCGUUGUUUUUGCUUGCCUCUAGUGUGUGUGCGCGCGCUUGUGUCUGUGAGCUGGGCUGCUUGUGCAUUGGAAUGGUCUGAAGGAGCGGGCGUUCCGAAACAAGACCCACAAUUUAUACUGUAUAUCGGCAUCUCUGAACAGCAAGCAUAAUGCUCUUCGAGGGCGCCUAAGCGUCCACUCUAUAAUUAGUCCGCCCACAACUACCAACCACACCCACUCGCGCAGCUAACGCAUUCGCCAUGGAUCUGGACCUGGAGCAUCUGAAGAACGACUUCCUGCCCCUGAUCGCGGGCAUCAAGCAGGAGCAGCUGGACGUGGGGCCCACGGACGUACUGCCGCAGAUAAACCUGAAUAUGGGCCCUACGGCGACAGCCAGCAGCGGAGCACCCACCACAUCCACGUCCUCCUCGAGCACCUCCUCCGUGGGAAAUCCCUGCGAUAGCGCUGAGAAGAGGUCGGGAUCGAACUCAUCAGCCUCCGUCAAGUUCACGCUCUUCAAGUGCGUCUACUGCGCCCAGCUACUCGGCUCCAACGAUCGGCCCAAGCUGCUGGAGUGCCUGCACGUGGCGUGCGCCCAGUGCGUCAGCACCAAGUUCUCCGAGCUGGACCGAUCCCUGCCGCCACUCAUCCACUGUCCGGUGUGCGACAACGCCUCCCAGAACGAGUUCAUCGUCGAUAAUCAGUUCUUGAUCGAGCAGUGCACCGCCGGCGAUGGCGAGGGCGGGGCAGGGGCCUCCGGCGAGGGCCUGAAGAGCUCCGCCGCCGCGGCUAUCCAGUGCAGCAGCUGCUCCGACGGGGCAGCGGCCACGUCGUGGUGCGUGGACUGCUCGGAGUACAUCUGCGACAGUUGCGUGCAGGCGCAUCAGCGGCUGAAGAUCACCAAAGACCACACCAUCAAGCCGAAGGACGAGGCCAACAACGAGCAGUUGGCAGGAGCCGCCGGCGUGGACAAGCUGCACAUGUGCCAGCUGCAUCCCCAGGAGAAGCUGUCGCUCUUCUGCGAGACCUGCGACAAGCUCACCUGUCGCGACUGCCAGCUGAGCGACCAUCGGGAUCACAAGUACAAGUUCGCCCACGAAAUCGCCACAGAGUCGCGCCAGGCGCUGUCCACCCUGGUGUCCGAGAUCAACUACAAGCGCUUCCUGCUCUCCUCGGCCACCAAGGUGAUCGACGACCGCCAGCAGCUCAUCCACGACAAGAAGAAGGACCUAAUCAAAGAGAUCACCGCCAUGGCGGUGAAGAUCACCAACACAGUCAACACCCGGGGCAAGCAGCUCAUCAUGCGGCUCAACGAGGUCUGCGACAGCAAGCUGAAGGUGCUGGUGGAGAAGAAGGAGACCCUCCAGCUGCUGUCCGACAACACGGAUCACUGCAUCGAGUUCAUGCAGAAUGCCUUGGAGAAGGGCAGCGACUUUGCCAUUCUGUCCAGCAAAAAGUCACUGGUGCGCCAUCUGCAGAAGCUCAAGUGUCAGCGGGCUGACAUACCCAAUCCGGAGAUCCCUGUCCGGAUCCAGGUCCAGCUCAACCAGGUCUCCGACCUGCAAAAGGUCAUCUCCCAGCUGGGCAUCAUCAUUGUGGAUGGCAAGCCAUAUCCGCCCACUGCUUCGCCGAACGGCACUCCCCAGCCGCCGCCUCGCCAGCCGCCCAGCCCCAACAUGGCGCCACCCCUGCGUCCUGGACUUCCGCCCGGCAUGCCGGCCGGCCUCUCGCCCAACGGACCGCCCGUCAACUUUGGUCCCCAGAACGGGCCUCCUCUCUACAGCAAUGCCGCCCAGCAGCAGUUCAACAAUCUGUCCAUCAGUCGCUCCUUUCCGGGCGAUGGGCCAGGUAAGGUCCGCUUCGGGGGAAUGCCGCCAGUGGGCAUGCAGCGCCAUGGCCAGCCACACGUCAGCUCCUCCACGCAUCCCCAGAACAUGGACAUCAGCCUGCGGGGAUUGCUGAACAAUCAGGCGGCACAGAGCCCCAAUGCCCACAUGGCGUUCAAUGGCCCGCCCAGCUAUCCGGGCGGACCGCAGGGAGCACCGUCGCCGGCCCACCAGCAGAUGGGCCCCCAGAUGCGACCGCAUUUCAUGCCCGGCCAGCAGGGCUUCUCGCAGGGCGGUGGCCCGGGGGGCGGACCGCGCGACACCAGCUUCAUGAACAGCAAUGCACGCUUCCAGUCGCAGUACCAGCGCAUGGCCAGCCACGCCCAGCAGGCGGCAGCAGCCGCGGCCAUGGCUGGAGCCGCAGCGGCCGGCGGGGGCGGCCAGAUACCGUCGCCGGGGGCGUUACAACGCCCACAAAUGAUGCCCAAUCCCAUGCAGAAUUCGUUGGGGUUUCAUGGGAGCCAGGCUGGCUUUAAUGCCGGCCCACCGCAGACCUCGCCGCAACUAGGCGGCGGCGGAGGCAUGCACAGCCUGGCCAAGUGGCACAUUCCGCAAUCCGCGCAGCAGUCGAACAUGUGUUCGCAGCAGGGUCCGCUCCUGCCUUUCGCGAAUGGCCGCCAGACAUCGGAAAAUUUUAAAAUCUCCCUGAAAUCUCCAAACACGCUCAAGAACAGCACCCCGCCCAGCCUGGGGGCCGGUGGUGCAGGUCUGCCCGGCGUCCCUAAUGGAUCGUCCGCCAGUGCACAACUGAACGCGGCUGCUCUCGGCUUGGGCCCAGCCGUUUCGAUCCUCUCGAACGUCACCUCAACAAAUCCAAAGACGCCCAGUCCCAGCACCCAUGAAAACACUAAGGACUUUACGGAGCCCAUUGACAAGGUGCGCGAUGACUCGAUCAACGACCUCAUCGCCACUAUCGCCAAGCUAGACUCGAACGGGGUGCAGGUGCUGCCGGAGGGCCGCACCAAGACCACCUCGCCGCAGGUGCACAGUUCCACAGAUCUUUCCAACACCCAGGAAGUUAAUAAUAAAAACGAACAAAAAGACGACCCCAACGAGGACUGGUGCGCCGUGUGCCUGGACGGCGGCGAGUUGAUGUGCUGCGACAAGUGUCCGAAGGUAUUCCACCAGAACUGUCACAUCCCUGCGAUCAGUUCGCUGCCGGACGAGAGCGAGAGCUGGCAGUGCCUCUUGUGCGUCAAUCUCAAGGAGCUCAUCAAGGUCGAGGGGGUGGACAAGGCUCCCGCGGGUGAGCUGAGCCCCCUCGAGCUGCGCAUCCUGCAGCGCAUCUGCCUGGAGCUGUACUGUCAGUAUGAGCAGAGUCUCAACUUCCGCGAGCCGGAAUCUCCGGCCAAUACAUCCUACUACGAGAUUAUUUCCAACCCGAUGUCCUUGGAUGUCAUUCGCACUCGCCUGGAUCCCUCCAGUCCCAAUCACUACAAGGACAUUGCAGGCUUCGUGUCCGACGUUCGCUUGAUUUUCACCAACACAUACCUCUUCUACCAGGAGGACACCAAAACAUACUCCAACGCCAAGUACUUGGAGAACUUCUUUGAGGAGCAGCUGGCCAAGUGGUUGCCCAACUUUGAGGGCAGCAAGGUGGGAAAGGGCAGUACCGCCAGCUCUCCUGGACUGGCUGGCAUUGGAUCGCCCAUUGAGAACGGCCGCAAGAGCUGCGGCUCGGCGUCCCUCGGCGACAGCGACGGCGCCUGCUUGCCAGCCAAGAGAGCUCGUCGGGCGGUGCACGAAUAGAACGAACUCAAGCCCGGCGGGGAGGGCGCAACUGGGGAGCAGCCGGGACUAGAGAAGGAGCAGCAGCAGCAGCAGCGCCGCCAAGACGAUCAGCAGCAGCUGCUGGCACUUAUGGAGCAGCCGGACCUUGAGGUACCCCAGCGCCCACAUAGCCUGGGCAGUAAUAUGAUCCAGGAGAGCGCCGACUACGUGCUUCAACUCUUGCACGCUUACGCCGCUGCCUUUGGGUUGUAGGCUGUAGCAUGGCCUGGUCUUCGGUUAUACCAUUGAUGCAUAUCCAAACUCUCACUUCCCCAUUCUCCGUAGCGUAGCAUAGUAUUCUCUGUAUAUUGUAAGCAUUUAAAGAUUAAAGCAUAGACCCUCCCCGAUAUCAGUGUAAAUAGUGAAGCCAAGCAAGUCAUUUGAUAUGAUUUUAUUAUUACAUAAAAUGGAAUAAAUGGAUUUCGAUAAGUUUAGCUAAAUUCUAAGUGUUGAAUAUCCGUAAAUAUCGAUAUGAAUAUGUAUACUUUAUUUGUAGAGACCCGGUAGAGAUUUAAACUAACUUUAAGUGUUCGUGUUGGAGAUCCUAAAUCCUCAUCCUGAUUUGAACGAUUUGGGCUUCUCGCAGAUCCUUUCAUGCCCCAUCUCUGUUGAAGUUGUACUGUAUUUACUUUUGUGAUAGCAAAAACAAUAAGAUGAACAAAUUAAACAUUAUUCAUUAAAAUAGUUAUUGUUAAGUUAGCUUCUGUGGCUCAGUUUCCCCG